UGCAGUAUCUCCGGGACACUUGAGAAAUACAGCCCUGUUUCCAGAUGGCAACCCUGGCACGGCGCAGCCCUGAGACUCGGAGGACAUGAGGUCUGCAGACUUGAGCGCCAGUUGUCUACCCAGCGAUACCAAGGAGCCCUCUUCGCCAAUCAGCCAAAGAUGUUCAUUGCACCAGCCAGCAGCCCCCCAAGAGCCAAGCUGUGUGAACUGGUGCUCCUGUGUGGUGGUCACGUCAGCCCAACCCCUCAGCUGGCCAGCCUCAUCAUUGGUCCCUACCGUGGCAAGAAGGAACCGAGGAUCCAGUACCUGUCGGAGAAAUGGGUCUUAGAUUCCAUCACCCAACACAAAGUCUGUGACUUUAACGACUACCAGUUGCUACAAUGAGAGACAUCUAUGGCAGCAGUUCUCAACACUCAAGAAAAACAACCGUGGAGAGAAGGAACCAGCAUACAGCUUAAGGCCUAAUGUCACACAUUACCUUGUGUGCUGCGGUUUUUAUCUUCAGUAUGGGGGGGCGGGUGUUGCUGGAGAUUAAAUCCAGGGCUUGCUAUAGAAGCACUCUAUUAAGCUACCACUCCAGCUUUGAUCUUCAAUACUCUUUUAUGUAACUCAUUCAUGACUCAUAUUGUAUUUCAGAGAAGCCUUUGCAGGCACCAGUUGGGUUCUUUACACAAUACUAAUAAUGACCAUGAUGAAGAGGUCACAGAACCUUUGUCUUCAAGAUACUUUACUCCCAAUAAUAGAAUGGAAAUUGAUUUAAAUUCUUUAGUCCUAAAUGAUCAAAUAACCCCGUAACUUUCUUGUCUUGGACUCCGAGGUCUUUAUUUGUGUGCUGUGUCUAGAUAGCAAGGGCGACCAGGAAUCAGUAAGAUUAUACUUAAGCUUCUGAGAUGCUUCUCAGAGCAGCUGAGAACGACGGGCCUGAAAGUUUUGUGCCACGACUGUGUCUACCUUUGGAAUGGUUACCUCAAGUUUUUCUAAGGAAAGUCAGCUGCUGGAACUGAAUUAUGUCAGGGGUGUCCAGCCCAUGGCCCGGGUGCCAUGUUUGUCCAAGGAUAACUAUGAAUGUGACUAAUACAUAAUUAUAAACUCACUUAAAAGUAUUAUAAGAUUGUGCGUGCGUGCGUGUGUGUGUGUGUGUGUGUGUUGAGGGGUAAUUCAAUUGCACAGUUCUUCUCAGUGAACUUCGUAGAUGACCACACUGCAUUGCAAUUUGAAGCUUGCAUACAUUAUCCAGUUGUUCCCUCUUCCUUGUGCUGCGCAGGGUCUUGCUAUACAGCCCAGACUGGCUUGGAACUUGCAGACCUCCUCCCCAUGUCCCAUAUUUUGGCUUAUGCUCAUGUGACACCACAUUCUCGUGCUGCUCAGGCACCUACCAGAGAUACUGCAUCUUGGUGAGCUUGAAGGUGUCACUCGGCCCAUUGUGGUUUUCUGUAUUGGGAUUGGUUGCUCAUGUCAGCUGCUGUUUCCAACUCAGUAAGUCUCAACUCCACUUCCAAACUUUUGUCAUUUCAGUGAUAAGCAAUUGAAUCAUACAAUAUGUGAUUUUGUGGCAUUGGCCUUUCUUUUCACCAUGUAAUUAAUGCUCUGAUGAUUCAUUCAUGUCAUGUGUGUCAGCAGACAAUUCCUCUUGUUGCCAAACAGUAUUCUGUGGCAUGGCUGUUAGCCGCUUUGUUAUCCAUCCCCUGAAUAAAGUCAAGAAAUGAAGCCCAGUGGGAACGGCCCUCUGAAAUCUAACGCCAUUUGUGCUGUCAUGUGUACUGGGUGAUCCAGCAGUUCAAGCGCCUUGGAAGGAGUAGAUCAAAUGAGAACAAGAAAUACCCCAUUUGUCAUUGUCUCUCUCUCUGUAAUCUGAAUAAUUCUGUUUUCCAUCACAAAUCCAUAGCUUAAAGUCAUCACUCCCAAAUAGUGUUAGGAGGUUUUAGAGAAGUGACCAGGUCAUGGAACCCUAAAAAGAGACACUCAGGGCAAGCUCUUUGCUUCCCCUGCCACAUGAGGAUACACCAAGAAGGCAUUAGGAUUCCCAAAAAUGACUUGUUCAAACCAUUCCCUAAGUUAUUCGUGCACCAUGAACUUUGGAGUCUCCCAGUUCUGUUGGUCAUUGGGAAAGUGCCAGCACCCAGUCUGUACUACAUCCAGGCCCUGAGGGGGACAUAACAUCAUCCUGAGAAGCAAAAGAAGACAAGGAUGGUCACUGCAAAGAGUUAGGGUGAAAGUCAAAGCAAGACAAAAGGAAAGCAUGAAUAAAUCUAAUAAUUCUGUCAGUAGCCAGGUUUCACAGGUGUACCUCUAUAUGGUGGUAUUCCCUUGUAGGCUACCAGCUAAAGGUCAGCAUCAAGAGCAAGUUGCUGUCCCCUCCCUGUUUGCAUGUGUAAAACCAUUCAUCUGUUUGUAUGCAAAUGGUAACCCCUUAUGUGACCUAAUGCAGACUUGACUGAUUAAAUCCUUGAUUGGUUGCCUUCUGUCUCCAGUCCUUCACUCAACUCCCCCUCCCUGCAGCUCAUGGCUAUUGAAAUCUCGCCCUCCAAACAUGUGGUUGAUCUUUCUGGCAACCAGGCCCAACCAGAAGUUAUCUAGUGCCGUCACAAGGAGGUUCUCUAGCACGACUUCAGGAAUGUAUUAAAUGGGUUAAAUCACCACCAGCCCCUUUGUAACAUUAUUCCUAAUGUUAUGGUUGAAUUGAGGAGAUUUUUUACUUUUUCUUAACAAUCCUUUGAGAUUCUGCAAUUCAAGUUACUUUCAUGCAUCAGAAUAAAUAUAAAAGCCCCAAAGUGAGCAUCUCCUAUCUCUUUGCUCAUCACAAGCCAUUAGUUGCUCACUUGAAGACAUUGAGACGACAAUUUUGAAAGUUAACUGCCUGUACUUAACAAGGCUGGGUGUGCGUACUACACUGCUGGUGGCUUGAGAAGUGGACAAGUUCUUGACUUUCACACGUGGAAAUCAAGCCUAGCACCUCCUGCAUGCUGAACAAGCAAACACUGUGACACUAAGCUACAUCCCCAGUCUCUGACAUGAUGACUUGAGGAAGCAAUUUCUUGAUCACCAU